AUGGUCGACAAAGAACCCGUGACCAAGAAACUGGCGAAGCGCAUCUUCGCGGCGGUGGACGCGAACCGGGACGGGGCGCUAGAUCGUCUGGAGCUGGCGGAGUUUCUCCGUGAGGCGGCUGACAUGGUCGACGUGAACUACACCGCCUUCCUGGCCGACCAGUUGGGUUCGCCGAAGGCCGCCGAAGAAGCGGCGGCUGGCCGGAAGGAGCCUCUGCAGAUUCUUUGUAAGCUCGGCCAGGAUGGUGUCUUUGUUGAAAACUUUGUCGAGGGGGAGGCUGGAGGACUACUUAGCUAUCGGUCUGUCUGCUAA